CAUGAGAACGUGAUAUAUAAAGCAGUGGGAAUCUACUUAGAUUUGGAGGCGAAGAAGCGUCGCUCUGCUCUCGUUGCAACACAUACCUCCGGUUUCAUUCACUCAUGACGAUCACAUCCUCAAGUACAUUGGUAUCCUGGCUUCUCUAAUAGUGGUUUAAUGACCUCACUCCAGCACCAUCCAGUCCAGCUACUUUCCCGGGUCACCUGUGAUACCUCAGGUUGCCUUCCAUUUCGACGUCCUUUCCCUAUACCUAGCUUUGAAUGUGAGCUUGUCUACUCCGAUUGCCUCCUUCCAUGCGCUUUGUUUGGCAUAUUGCAGGAGAACGGUUAUGGAUUCCCUGUCAAUGAACCCUUUCUAGGCCCGUUUAGCGAAGUGGUUACAUGGUUUAAGGCCCUGCGGGACGUUGUAGAGGUUGAAACAGAAAGAGAGUUUCUCCUACCCACAGGCCCUGUGGAGCUCGAUGCACCGCUAUGUCUUGAUGCACUGUCACGGCUGUGCAUUCCGGCCCGUUCCCGGCCCAUCCCGAUGCCGCCCGAGCCUAUUCCUGCUGUGCGAGUGCAAGCGCGAGCCCCAACCUCAGCCCUAUCCUCCCUGAGGGCUCCCUGCUCACUCCCCCACUUGCCCCUAGGCUCCCCUACACUUGGCCGACUCCCCCACAGCCACACCGACCUCCCUGCCCCAAGUCCACCUCUGGCACCGACCUAGCAUGACUCCGCGACAUCACCUACUCUGCUACGAUACCAUUGCCACUAUCACGGCCCUACACCCCUUCGUUUAUUUAUCUGUUAUUGUUUGUUUUGACCCUCGGUCAUUGCCAGCUGCUGUGCGGCCAACCCCGCUCUUUGUUCCUAUUUGCUUCCGGACCCUUCGGCCUUCGGCCCGGGUCCGCUUCUAUUCAUUCUAUCUUCAUAUAUAUACCCUGUAUACUACAUUAUAGUACCUUAGCUCUAAUAUCGAUGUGACCACGACCCCUAAGUCCUGAC